AUGCGGCGACAAACUACGCGCCAUGCCUUCCAAGCGCAGACCUCCCUCAAGAAUAAGCAACAAUCGGGCAGAGAUACAACUCUCAAAACACUCUACGUCGGUAUCGCGGUCCAGCACGGCGCCACAGGAUCUUUGGAUGUUGGCUUGGCCUCUCACGACGGCACGUACUCCAUCGAUUUCCAGGUCACCACUUUCAAGUUGAAGACUUCCUCGCCAAACUCUGACUCUGGUAUAUCCGGCACUUCCACCCCAGCCGACAGUGCCAUCGACAAUUUGACCCCUGUUUCGAAAGAGGAACUGCCCGAUGUACUGAACAGGUUUAUAAUCGACAUGCUAAGGCAGUAUGAAGAGGAGCAUAUGUUCAAGUUCGUUGGUGCCGGUAUCAACAAGCAGACUCUCGCACUCAGUCCCCAACUUGCGGCACGCUUGUGGCAAGACCUGGACAUUGUCCCGUUAGUUUUGCCAAAUGAUCCUAAUCCAGAAUUGCACUCCAAGAGGGGCUCUCAUGCGGUCACUGUCGACGAAGAGGCGGAUUCCAUGGCCAGGAAGGCAUUGGUAGAGUUCGGACCGGCCCACCAGCCACGACUCCUUGUGGGAACCUACCAGAAUAUGGUCGAAGUCGACAGUGACGGACGCGCUCAGCUCACCGUCAAAGAAGACUACAAAAAGACCGUCAACGCGGAGACGACGUGGAAAGCUACGCUUAAAUAUGCCGAAUCUCUGAAGAAGGACAACGUCAAGAUCGCCUUCUUCAAUAGCACUCCUCAAGGUGGCGGUGUCGCCUUGAUGCGACAUGCUUUGAUCCGCUUCCUUCGAACUCUUGAAGUUGAUUGUUCUUGGUACGUCCCCAAGCCAAAGCCAGAGGUCUUCCGCAUCACCAAAAACAAUCACAACAUCCUCCAAGACGUGGCAGAAGAAGGUGCCCGCCUUACCCCCGAACAAGCCAAAAUCCUGGACGACUGGGCCCUGUCUAAUGCUGAACGCUACUGGCUCCGACAGGAUGGCCCUCUCGCACCUCGCAAGAGCGGUGGUGCAGAUGUCAUUGUAGUGGACGACCCGCAAAUGCCCUCCCUUGUCAAGAUUGCAAAAGAGCAGGACCCUGAUAGACCAGUCAUUUUCCGCUCGCACAUCCAAGUUCGCGCCGACCUCGCAAACACCCCCGGCACUCCAGCCCACGAAGUCUGGUCCUGGAUCUGGAACAACGUCAAAGCCGCCGACCUCUUCAUCAGCCACCCAGUGCGCGAAUUCGUCCCCAAAACCGUCGCGCCCGCGAAAGUAGGUUACCUCCCUGCUACCACCGACUGGCUCGAUGGCUUGAACAAGCAGCUUUCAGACUGGGAUACGCAGUAUUACAUGCACGAAUUCGAAACCGCGUGUUUCCGGGAGCGCAUGGCCACGCUGGCAUAUCCGGAGCGUCCAUUCAUCGUGCAAAUUGCACGCUUCGAUCCCGCAAAGGGUAUACCGGAUGUCUUACGUGCGUACGCUGAGUUACGCAGGAGCUACCUGAAAGACCGCCCUGACGCCGAAACACCACAGCUCGUCAUCGCAGGCCACGGCGCCAUCGACGACACAGACACCAAGCGCAUCUACGACGCCACCAUCUCCGCUCUAUCCACCAUCUACUCGGAUAUUAAAGACGAUGUCGUAGUCAUGCGCGUUGGCCCCACGGACCAGAUCCUCAACGCGCUCAUGUCCACCGCACACGUAGCUCUCCAGCUCUCCACGCGCGAAGGUUUCGAAGUAAAAGUCUCAGAGGCCCUUCACAAAGGCAUUCCCAUCAUUGCUACCCGCGCAGGUGGUAUACCGCUGCAGGUCCAGCAUAACAAGUCUGGGUUCCUCGUCGAGCCGAGCGAUUACGCCGCCGUAGCGAAGCACCUGUACGAUCUUUUCACGGACGAGAAGUUGUAUGAGGAGAUGAGUCAUUAUGCGGAGAGUCAUGUUAGCGAUGAGGUGGGGACGGUGGGUAAUGCGCUUAGCUGGUUGUAUCUUGCGGAUGCCUUGAGUAAGGGCGAGAAGCUGGAGCCGAAAUCUAGAUGGGUGAAUGAUAUGGCGAGGGAGAACGUCGGUAUCAAAUACCAGGAGGGCGAGACAAGGUUGCCGCGGAGUGAAAAUCUGGAUUUGACGGGAGAUGAGACGAGGGGAGAUAAGAGCAAUUGA